UUACUCACGCCGAUCAACGCUCGUCACUUGUAAGACGAACUCGUAUGAUGGCUUGCCGAAAGUGAGCAACAUCGCUUGUUCUCCCUGCCAAGUCCUCGCAAACUCCGGGGAAUGACUCUCUUCAUGCCAUUUACUGCGCAUCAGCACCUCUUCCACUCCAUUGAUGAGCAUACAGGUAGGUACUAUCUUGCACCGCAUCCGCGGAAGAAGAAAGGGGGUGCUCCAACCAGUACUCAUCACACAAGUAUACGAGACAGUGCGUCAGACUGUCCACCCAUUCACAGACACACACUACAGCUACGAUGCCACUAGCAUCGGCGCAUUCGAAUUCGUUCACACAAGGUCAGAUCAAAUCUCGUUCCUGUGCGCCACGCACCAAUGGCCGCUGCCCGUUGGCCCGCCUCCCUUGCAGCAGGUGUCGCAAAACGGCAGCGUCGCGCUCGAGAGAAAAACUGUUGGGGCAUCUCUUGGAGAGCGCAGCCAAUCGACUUUCACGAAUUCUGGCGGCCCGUCCGCGUAUCGAACACGAAUACGAAUAAGUUGCCUCGACAGGUGCCCUCGUCCCGCUUUUGGGCUGCUCACGCUCCGCAUUGUCCCUGGCCUUGUCUGUCGCUUGACUCUUUGGGAUCGUCUGCAGCCACUAAGACGACUGGUAUUAAGCUGCUCUGGUCCCGUGCGCGUGCCCACAAGCUUCCUUCAGCUCCAUACUGGCACGCAGUAAUAAGAUUGAAUGAGACCAGCCCAGCCCGAGCCGUCCGGACGGUAUCAUCAGCCACGGAUCACGGACCAAGGAC